UUCCGUUGUUCGUGAGUGCGGUGUUAGUGCAAUGCCGUCGUGUCAAAAUUGUUAUUGUUAGUUAGGUACCUAUCGCAGCUGACGUCGACGUGGACACUGGACUGUCCACGGUGGACACUAAGUGACCGGUGUUCAGAUUUUUAUUUUGUGGUAAUAUUCGGACAUUCGGUAUUUCCGAUUCCGUGGCGGCAGAAUCUACUGCACUUUACAUCACGACUACGGACUAAACGCGCCUUAGAUAUGAGUACCUAGAUACAUCUUGUUCCGUGAUCACGCCAAAAUCAUUAUACCUAACAUAUCUUUGAUGCUCGGUACAAAUAGCAUAAGUCAAAAAUGUCUAGUUUUCAGGAGAAGCAAUUUAGAGUUUGAAAAAUGUUGUCAAAUCAUGAGUGAAAUAAUGAGUUACUUUUUAUGGUUGUCAAAACAAAAUGGCUCAAAAUCCUAACGUUAGUUAUUUUUCGCUUCCGAGGGAUCCAACUAACCGUGCCAAGUGGAUUGAAAACUGUGGUAUCACAACUCCUGUUGAUUCCAUAAAAAAAUCCUUAAAGGUGUGUGGCGAACAUUUUGAACAAAAAAUGUUUUUAAAUGAUCUUAAAAAUAGACUUCAUAGUCAUGCUAUACCAAGACAUUUUAUAAUUGAGUAUGAUACACCAUCAUCUUCCAGCAGCAUUUCACGUAAACUUGAUUUUUGUUCUACUGUUGACAAUAAUAUAUCAAAUGCUCCAGCAGAAUGUGAAACAACAAUUCUCUCUUCUCCAAAUGUGUUAGCUCUACCAUUGGAUUCUAGAACACCAAGUAACUUGCUUCUAACUGAGAAAAUGAUUUCACACAACACCAUAAGCAGUCCAUAUACUGAUCAUUCCUAUGUUUCACUUGACUCGGAGUCAAAUUAUUCAUUUGAAACAAAUGAGUCGGGGAAAAAUUCAUCGUCAGUAGCUGUUCAAACAUUGAAAUCGUGGUCUGACGACACACCCAGAAAACAAUCCUUGAAAUCAAAGUACAAACUUGAAAAGAAGGCAAGGAUUGAAGCACAAAAAACUAUUGCCACUUUGAGUCAAAGUUGGCAGACAUAAACAAUGAGGAAAACUAUAUGCAGCAAUGUGAAAAAUUUUUAUCUCCAAGCUUGUUAACCAUUGUUAAAUCACAUAUUCGUUGUCAGAAAAAACGUCCAAAUGGUUACAGGUACUCAGAUGAAUUAAAACAAUUUGCACUGACGAUAUACUUUUUAGGACCAGCUGUAUACCGUUUCUUGAGACCUACUCUGUGUCUUCCAGUACCAAGAACUUUAAGAAGAGUUAUGAGUAAAUAUGAGUUGAAUCCUGGACUGAAUGACUUUUUAUUUGAAUUUUUAAAGUUUAAAAUUUCAAAUUUUAAACCAGAAGCACUUGAUUGCACUUUAUGCGCUGAUGAAAUGGCACUUAAAACACAUUUAUUUUAUUCAUUGAGGAAGGAUGAAAUUAUGGGAUUCCAUCAAACAAAUUCAACAAAAACUUAUGAUCCGGCUAAAUUUGCAUUUGUGUUGAUGAUUUGAGGAAUUAAUGUUCAAUGGAAACAACCAAUUGCAUAUUUUUUGGUAUCUGGCAGUUGUACUGGAAAUGACUUGUAUAACAUUAU